UCCUAUCAGUUGCCGCACCCUGGCUGGGACGCAUCUCCUACUGCACUAUGCUCACGUUUUGGGGCUUUUGCUUGGCUGUACACAGUGUCAUCGUCGUCAUUGUUGUCCCCGUCGUCACCAGCCUAGUGAAUAGACCCGAGCAUUUAAGGCCCUUUGUAAAAUACUAUGAGAGAGUGUUUUAUGACACAGAAGCUUUAGAACAGCUGCAUCAGAAGUCAAAAAGAGCUGCAGAAGAGCAUGAAACAUUGAUCCAGCUGGAAUUCCAAGCCUAUCAGAGGACCUUCAAGCUGAGGCUGAGCAGGGACACGAGUGCUUUCACCAAGGACUUUGAGAUCCAGGUCAAGGACAGCUUGAAGCCAGGAGAUGUCUCUUUUAUUUACUCUGGAGGCUUGCACGGUAAAAGUUAA